UCUUUAAGCGCAGGGCGGUGAGCAGAUUUCCGAUCGUGCACGAAGCGGAUUACAGCCCCUGACAUCAGUCCUCCUCAUCCUCCUCCUCUUCCUCCUGCUCCUGUUCCUGCUGCUCAGCUGAUCCGGAGGAUUCCCUCUGCGGGACACUCAGCACAGCCCCGCCUGUAUGCUCGCCUCCGCUCGCCUCCAUCAUGGACUUCAACGUGAAAAAACUGGCUUCUGAUGCGGGGGUCUUCUUCACCCGGGCCGUGCAGUUCACAGAAGAGAAGCUUGGCCAGGCUGAGAAGACUGAGUUGGAUCCACACUUGGAGAACCUGAUCACUCGUGCCGACUCCACCAAGAAUUGGACUGAAAAGAUCUUAAAACAAACAGAGGUGCUGCUGCAGCCCAAUCCAAUUGACCACACUGGUGCUCGGAUCGAGGAGUUCAUCUAUGACAAGCUGGACAAGAAGCUUCCCUCCAGGACAACCAACGCGGAGCUGCUGGGUCAGUACAUGCUGGACGCCGCCAUCGAAUUCGGUUCAGACACGCCAUACGGCAAGACCCUGAUCACAGUAGCGGAAUACCAGAAGAGGCUCGGAGGAGCCGAGCGCGAGUUCCUCCACACUUCGGCCGUCACUUUCCUCUCACCUCUGCGCAACUUCCUGGAGGGAGACUGGAGGACCAUAUCAAAAGAGAGGCGGCUGCUGGAGAAUCGCCGGCUGGAUCUGGACAUCUGUAAGGCACGCCUGAAAAAAGCCAAGCUGGCAGAAGCCAAAGCGGCGGCUACACCUGAUUUUCAGGAGACUCGGCCUCGAAAUUAUGUUCUUUCUGCCAGUGCAUCAGCGCUGCUCAGUGAGGAAGUGGACAAAGCAGAACACGAGCUUCGCGUGGCCCAGACGGAGUUCGAUCGCCAGGCUGAGGUCACCAGGCUGCUGCUUGAAGGCAUCAGCAGCACACACCUCAACCACCUGCGCUGUUUGCAGGACUUCGCUGAAGCUCAGGCCACGUACUACGCUCAGUGUCAUCACUACAUGCAGGACCUUCAGCGGGAGCUCAACAGGUCGAAGCCGGUCACACUCGCCAUGGAGCAGUCACAGCUGCCCGUCACGGGUGCCAGGAAGGCCAGGGUCUUGUAUGAUUAUGAUGCCCACGACAAACCACAGCAUCUCAUUACCGUCUACACCGUACCAGGAAUGGACCCCGACUGGCUGAUCGGAGAACGAGGAAACGAAAAGGGCAAAGUACCCGUCACCUACCUAGAACUGCUGAGCUAAUGGACCAAGCAACACACACACACACACACACACACACACACACACACACACACACACACCUGCACACACACAAACCUCUAUCCACCGUCAUACAUGUGGACUGGGUGGACCUGCUGUUGGCCCCAGUUUGUGCUCCUUGUGUAUUGGUUCAGCUCACAGAGGGAACCCCUGCACUGACUUCUAUGCUAAUAACCCAGCACUGUUUGAAAAUGCUGUGCAGGUAUCUUCUAACCACCUGGAUGAAACAAUAUAAAGAUUUAUCAAGGUGAGAUAGUGGAGAACUUGGUUAGCAAGCUCUAUCCAUAGACUGUAUCUGAUAAUUAGUGCCAAUUACCAGGCUAAUAAAUUCCCCCAGAGCUCAGAUGUUCUUGGACGGUCUUUUGAUACAAUUAACUCUACAGAAUGGCAAUAAUGAUGCAGUUAUUUUAUUACAUUUUUCAGUUUAUUCAACUCAAAAAAGAAGAAAAAAGUUGAGUCAUUUAAAUUUGGACCUUUAUGAAGGAGCACAAAGAAAAGAAAAGGAGUGCUGAAAGACUAAAAUGAGCCUACAUGUCAUUUUGACACAGAUUUUAUUUACACCAGAUGUUCUCGUAGCUCCUUUGUUAUGGUACAAAGGAGUUAGUGAAUGCUUUAAUCUCCACACAGCAUUUGUUGAGUAUCAAAAGCCAGUUCUGGUAACUUUUGAUUUCAGAUGAAAGUAAAAGCCUCUUUGUUAGGCACCAAUGUUUUUAGCACACAGGAGAGGAACCUCGUCUGACUUCGUGGAACAGCGUGCUUAUGUCGACCGUGUGGAUGGGUGUCUUGAGGUUUUCAUGAUGAUCUCUGUAGGUGUCCUGCCAUUUCAAGAGAUUGAACCUAAUUCUGGAAAUACCUGCACAGCUAUGGUAUUUUAAUUUUUAUGAGACCAGAGAAAUCAGUGUGACAGUCCCCUCUGUUAUAUGCAGAGUCCAAACUGCAGCUGGCUUCCCAUCUCCUGAUCUGAGGCUGUGUGAAAAAACUUAUGCAAAACUGCCUGUUUGACUCAUUUCUAGUAAUACUGAUGAUUAUCAGAAAGAAACCUGUGACUGUUCGAGUCAGGUUAUGUUGAUGUGACCUAUUAGAUUUCCUCUUAUUGCGUAAUGUGUACACAGAGUGUAAUGAAGCGCUCAGUUUGUUGACUGUGCAAACGUGUCUGUUGUUGUGUGGAAACUUACACAGUUCUGGCAAAUACUCUGACAUCUGUGAAAACUUCAAAGACCCGGGCCUUGUUUGAUCCAUUAAAGAAAAAUUCCAUGCAAUAA